AUGUUAACUAAAAGUCAUAUUACAAUCGGUACUUCACAAAGAUAUUUGUUUCUUCUUCGUCGUCAUGUAUCGUCCCAUCCAAUUAAAAAACAUGAUGAAUAUAAUUUUUUUAAACGAAGUAUUCUAUCAACUGAUCAUUUUCAAUAUAGUUUACCUCGUUUACCAAUACCAAAAUUAGAUAAAACAUGUGAACGUUAUUUAGCUGCACUUAAACCAAUUCUUAACAAUGACGACAAUGCAUUCAAACACACUCAACAGAUUGUGGCUGAUUUUUGUUCACGUGAUGGUAAACGACUUGAUGCUCAAUUACGACAUAAAAAUGCGCUAAAUCGAAAUACAUCUUAUAUAUCAAAACCAUGGUUUGAAAUGUAUUUAAAAUCACGGCUACCACUUAUAUUAAAUUUUAAUUUUUUCCUCGUUUUUGCUGAUGAUCAAAAGCAUUUAAAACCAGGAGCCCGUAUUACAAAUUAUAUUAUUUCAUCAAUUCGUUUUAUGAAUACACUUCGUGCUAAUUGGCUUGAACCAGAAGUAUAUCAUUUAAAUCCCAUGAAAACGAAUACAGAUCGUUUUCGUAAAUAUCUUCGAUUCGUACCAAAGAGUAUUUCAUUUUAUGGAGCCUUCCUACAAAAGGCAUUUCCUUUAGAUAUGUCGCAAUAUAGUCGUUUAUUUAAUUCAACUCGUAUACCUAAGCAUGACUGUGACGUACUUGAAUCGAGCUUUGGAAAUGUACGACAUAUAAUUGUUAUUAAAGGUGGUCAUUAUUAUAAAGUAAAUGUAUUAGAUAAACAUGGACACCUUUUGCCAGCUGAAGAUAUUGCUGCGACGAUGAAGUAUUUAUCUGAAGGUUUACGUGAAGAAGAAAAUAAGUAUCCAUUGGGAUAUUUUACAGCUGAUAAUAGAAAUCGGUGGGCAUCUGUACGUGAACAAUUGCAAGAACUUUCUCAACACAAUAAAGAUAUAUUUAAAGAAAUUGAUACUUCAAUUAUGAUUAUAUGUCUCGAUGAAGAUGAUCCAUCAAAAUUAGACAAAUCUUGUACUAAAAAACAGCUUGCCGAAUAUGUCUCUGGAAAAUAUCUAUGUUAUAAUGCAUCAAAUCGUUGGUAUGAUAAAUCAUUCAAUAUGAUAAUGUUAUCCGAUGGAACACUUGGUCUUCAUUGCGAACAUUCAUGGGGUGAUGGUGUUGCUUUACUUCGUUUCUGUAAUGAUAUUGAUAAAGAUGCAAAUGAACAUGGCAAAAUUAAUUCAACAAACUAUGAAUCAAUAAAUGCAUCGACCAAUGAUUGUAUUGAAAAACUUGAAUUUCAAUUCGAUGAUAAAUUAAAAAAUGAAUUUGAAACAUCAAGAAAAAAUUAUAAUGAUUUUGUAUCGAAAUUCAACGUUAAUAUUUAUCAAGAAGGUGUUAUUGGUAAAAAUUUAUUAAAACAAGCUUCGCUAAGUCCUGAUGCUAUGAUGCAAUUAGCAAUUCAAAUGGCUUAUUAUAAAUUACAUAAACGAUUCGUAUCCACAUAUGAAUCCUGUUCAACAGCUGUCUAUAGACAUGGUCGCACAGAAACAAUAAGACCAGUUACACAUGAAACAAAAACUUUUAUUGAAUCAUUAACAAAAACCAACGAUGAACAAUUACAAAGAGAUCUAUUAAAAAAAUGCUCAGAGAAACAUCAACAAUUAAUUAAAGAAGCAGCAACAGGACAAGGUUUUGAUCGACAUUUAUUUGCAUUAAAAUAUUUACAAGAGAUUGAAAAUCGAGAAAAGUUACAUCCAAUUUACACAGAUAAACCUUAUCAAUCAAUAAAUCAUACGAUUCUGUCAACAUCAACAGUAGCUUCAAAGCAUAUUGCUGCUGGUGGUUUUGGUCCUGUUGUUAAUGAUGGAUAUGGUAUUGGAUAUUUAAUUGACGAUGAUCAAUGUGGAUUAUUAGUUACUUCGUAUUUAGAAAAGGAAUUACCUAAUUUUAUGCAAGCAGCCGAUGAAAGCUUCAGAGAGCUAGCUAAUAUUAUUAAAAAAUAG